AUCCAGCAAAGGAAUCCACAGCUGUGUAACUCACACUAAAGCUAAAAGCUAUACCUAAAGUGAGAGAAAACUUCCAAACAAGAGUUGAAAAUCUGAUCAUCAAAAAAGUUUUCCAAGAAAAAGCACUCAACUCAAUGCCUGUGAUUUUGUUUUAACCAUAUCUUCAUGUGAUCAACUUUCAAAAGGCUCAAUAAAUGUCUUGCCAAAUUGCACUUGAAUGUCUAUAAAAAGGCCAGCUUCUUCAUUUCAAUCAUAUAAUUCUAAACCAAGAAAGCAUCUGGCAUAUAUAUUCUUCUCAAGAAAAACAUGAAGACUUUCACAUUAGUUUUCAUUGUCAUACUCCUCUUACAGGUUUUCGCUGAGGCUGUUUCCUUUAACAAUGGCAAAGAUACUGCUGCACAGAUAGAGAAAGCAGGAAAUGAAGGGGCUCUUUUCAAGAAAAUUCAUCAUCACUCAAUCAGGAAGAUCAAUUGUGGGUAUGCAUGUGCAAGGAGAUGCAAGAAGUCAUCAAGGAAGAAUGUGUGCAAAAGGGCAUGCAAGUCGUGUUGUGCAAGAUGUCAUUGUGUUCCACCUGGCACUUAUGGUAACAAGGAAGCUUGCCCCUGCUAUGCUAGACUUAAGACUCAUGGCAACAGGCCUAAAUGCCCUUAAUCAAUUAGACACUAAUAAUUUGUGUGAGAAUUAAAGAGUGCAUUUUCUUAAACAUAUAUGCUUAUGUUUUAUCCUUUAAUAUUUGGGUCAGAGGGAAUAAAAUGAUGAGAGAUAUAUUGCUGCAUGAGUAUGCAUGCUUUUGUAUUUGUUUAUUGACUCUUUUGUUGUGAGGUCGAUAACAUACAUACAUAUAUAUAUAUAUAUAUAUGUAUUUUGGGAAUAAAGUUUAUUGAUGCUUUUUUGCUU